GCUAUUGCUUCCAAGUAUUAAUGACAUUAGAAUAGACAUUUUAUUUCUGAAAUAGUAUAAAAAGAACUCUAUACUGAUUUACUUAUUAUGUAAUUAAAUUUGUUACUAAGGCACAUAUAGAUAUUAACAAGAACAUUCAACCAGAUCAAUUUAGGGAAUCAUAUUCCAUUCAUUAGUCAAUAAUACGGAUGAUAAUUAUGGAUUCAAAAUUUUUUUAUGUGAACUUGUGUACUUUAGCAAUAUGAAAUCGCCAAUAUCAUGGUUGUUUUAAUCAGCUGAAAACGGGAAACAAUGUCAUUUAUUUGUAAAAAAUCACCAUACUUAUUAUUCAAACUAUUUUUCUAUAAUUAUAUUUAUAUUUGUAAUGUUGUUGCUAUGCAUCAAUCUAAUGCCACAGUUUAUCUUCCAUCUGGAUAUGAUUCUUCUCAUUCACUUCAUCUUCCACCAUCACCUGUUUCUUCUUCUUCUUCUUCAUCGUCUUCUUCGACAACAGAACAAGAUCAAUUAAAUUUAUUCCGUCUAAUAGAAGAAUCUCCAAAUGGUACAGAGAUUAUUGGUGUAUCUAAAUAUUUACAUCAAUAUAUUUCAGUUCAUUUACAACAGUUUCUUACCACGAAUAAUAUCAAAAUGGAUGUCAAUAAUAAUGAUAACUUCUUUAGUAAUGAUAAGUUCCAGUUCAAUUUUCAAUUACUUGAUAUCCAUGAUCCUUUAACAAAUGCAUUACAUUUAAAUCCUCUGAAUGGUCAAUUAACAAUACAAAAACGUAUUGAUCGUGAAUCAAUAUGUAGCGGUAAUAAAUUGAUUAACAAUCAUCAUAUCAAUAAUGAUAUAAUGAUUGAUAGUAGUCAUGGUAGCAGUUCACAAUUAUCAUUAAAUGGUCGUCCACCAAUUUUCUUACACAAUACAUUAAAUAUGAAUAAAUAUUUAAAUAAUUUAGGUUAUUUUACUAAUCCUAUGAAUAUGAUAUCAAGUAAUCUAAAUAAAAAAUGUAUUAAGGCCUUAAAUAUUUUAUCAACAAUACAAAUAUUAGAAAUCAAUGAAGUGAAUGUGAAAAAAAUACCAAUCGAUUUAUUGAUUAUCGAUAUUAAUGAUAAUAAUCCAAUAUGGAUAUCGAUUAAUAAUGGAAUCAAUGAUAAUGGUAAUAAUAAUCAUCAUCAACAUAAUUAUACUACUAUUAAUAAUGAUAAAAUACCAAAUAUUAUUGUACAAAUAUCAGAGAUACCAAAUAAUAUACAUGAAGCAGAAGAUCAUUCCAGGGUAAAACAACGAUAUCAACUAUCACGAAUUAGUUUACCACGUGCUUAUGAUCCUGAUGAAGGAAUCAAUAGCCAAUUGACAUAUCAUCUUCAAUCAAUUAAGAAAUCAAUAAAUUACAGAAAUGAUCAUGAUCCUAAACAACCAAGUAAUGAUCCAAAUGAUGAUAUUCCAUUUAUUUUAGAAGAUAUACCUAAUGGACCAUUAGAAUUAGUUUCAACGAUGAAUUUAGAUUAUGAAUUAAAACAAUAUUAUGAAUUUUAUUUAUUAGCUAUAGAUAAUGGUCAACCUCAACGAACUGGUACAGCUUACAUUAAAAUCAAUAUUAUUGAUGUAAAUGAUCAUUCACCCAUAUUUGAUCAACCUAUAUUCUAUCCACCAAAUAAAGGUAUUUCUGAGAAGACAUUACCUGGUACAAUUAUCAUUAAUUUAACAGCAACAGAUCAAGAUGUUUCAAAAAUGAAUAAUCGUAUACAUUAUAAAAUGAUUCCUGGAACAUUAGCUAUGAAUUAUUUUAAUGUGCAAUCAAAUGGUUUAAUUAUAUUAAAACGUUGGUUAGAUUAUGAAACUAUGGAAACAAGUUUAACCGAUAAUCAAUUAUUAUUGAAUUCAUUAUUGUUUAAUAGACCAACACAAACAACACCAUAUGCACUAAAUGAUAAUAACAAUAAUGAUAUAGAUAUGAAUACAAAAGAAAAAUAUAAAAAACAAUUUAUAUUUCAAGUGAAAGCUGUUGAUUCUGCACCACAACCAUAUGAACUAACUAGUACUGCUUUAGUUAUUAUUCCUGUAAUGGAUGAAAAUGAUGAAGCUCCAAUUAUAACUGUUAAAUUUCUCGGUACAACAGAAAUGACAAGUUAUGGUGAAACAGGAGUUAUCAAAGAAAAUGUUCAACCCCCAAUUCAACUAGCCUAUGUACAAGUUCGGGAUCUUGAUUUCGAUGGAAAUGAUCAAGUUAAUUGUAUUCUAACCGAUAAUGUAAACUUUUCAUUAAAACCAACCAAUUCAUUAAAUCAAUUUCAUUAUCAAAACAAUGAAAUCAAUGAUCCCUUACAAUUACAAUCAUCCCUAUCAAUAUCCCAAUCAACUUCAACUUCAAAAACUGAUUAUAUAUUAAAUUUAAUGACUAAACCAGAUCGUGAAAAAAAUCCUUUAUAUUUUCUACGUAUCAAAUGUAUUGAUCAAGCAUCUAAUUUUAAUGAACAAACUAUUCGUUUACGUAUAUUAGAUAUAAAUGAUGAACAACCAAAAUUUCAAAAAUCAAUAUAUCGAUUUAAUUUACCAGAGAAUAGUGAUAAACAAUUAAAACCAAUCGGAUAUUAUCGAUUAAAUAAAUCAAGUGAUGCUUAUAUAACAAAUCAAUCAUCUACAAUAAAAGGAAUUCUAGAUGAACGAAAAGAAUAUAAAUCUGAUGGAAUAGAAGAUCAUUAUGAAUAUCGUAUAGGUCGUGUAUUAGCUGAAGAUAAUGAUCAAGGUGAUAAUGCACGUAUUGAAUAUUAUUUAGAUGAAUAUUUUUUAGAGAUACGAUCAUCAGUUAGUUCAGUUCUACCAUCAGCUUAUUUAUUGAUUAAUAAACAAACAAGAAUAGAAGAUAAGAAUUUAUUCAUUUAUCAUAAUGAAAACAACAACAAUCAUAAUAAUAACCAUGGUAACAAUGAACAUAAUCAUGAACUAGUCAGAGUUGAUCAAUUAUUUCGUAUUGAUUCACAUACUGGUAUACUUUAUGCACUCAAAAAAUUUGAUGGUGAAAAUGUUGACAUGUUUCGUUUUAAUGUUUUUGCUUUAGAUCAACCAAAUCAAUUAACGUCGAUUCGACAUAGUGGAACAGCAAUAGUUGAAAUCAAAAUUACUGAUGUAAAUGAUUGGCCACCAUUAUUUAUAUUAACAAAUCAAACUAAUUUGAAUAAUACAGAUACUACUAAUACUAGUAGUAGUAGUAUUAAGAGUAAACAACAAUAUUUGAAUAAUCGAUUUAAAAGUGAAAAUCUGACUGUUGAUGAUGAUGAUGAUCAUCAUCAUCAUCGUGAAGAUGAACUUCAUUUUGUGAAUAACUAUAUAUUUCAUGUGAAAGAGAAUAAACCAGCCUAUUGGUUAAUUGGACGAAUUAUGGCAAUUGAUUUAGAUAUUGAAAGUAAAGCAAUGACAAAUAAAAUAUUUAAUCCUUCUAAAACACCAUUCAUUUCAUCAUCUUUAUCAUAUAUUACAUUAAGGAUAUCAAAUGAUUCACCAUUGAUUAUACGUCGUACAUUUAAUUUACAUUCAACUAAUGGUUAUUUAAGAACAUCUAUUUCAUUAGAUCGUGAAAAACAAAAUAUUUAUGUAUUUAAUAUCAUUGCUUAUGAUGGUAAUCCAUCCACUAUGACAUCACAAACAUCAACAGCUACAGUGACGGUGAUUGUAGAUGAUGAAAAUGAUAAUGAUCCUGUUUUCAUUAGACCUGCUAUUUCUACUACAGCAUUAUCAUCCAAAUCGGAAUCAAAGUUAGAUCUGGUGAAUAAUAAACUAGUUAAUAAUAAAAAAGAAAAUGAAUUACAAACAAAACAAUUCGAUCAUUUGAAAGUUAAUUGGCCCGCCUCCCACGAUGAUCACCAUCACAACGGCGACAAUCAAUUGAAACAAAUUAAUCAAGGUGCCAAUAAUAAUGAUAAUAAUAAUGUAAUACAACAAACUAUGCCAUUCAAUUAUAAUGAUAAAUCAAAUAUACCAGUUGUAUUAGUUCAUAGAACGGAAAAAAGUAAUGAUUUCAUUAAUGGUGAAGGUGAAGCUUCCAGUUUAACCGAAUCUAGACCAUUGCUACAAAUUGAAGCCACUGAUGCUGAUAUUAAUGAAAAUGCUAAAAUUACUUAUGAAAUUGGUGCUGGCAAUACAGAUAAUUUGUUCGUUUUGAAUUCAGAUACUGGCAUUCUAUCCUUAUCACCUAAUCUCUAUUCACAAUCUGAUCAUUUUAUACAACCAUUAGAACAAAAUAUAAAUUUGAAUCAAAAUCCUACUAAUCCUAUCGCAUAUGUGCUACGUUUCGAAGCUUGUGAUCAUGGUAUACCAAAACGUUGUGCCACACCUGUUUGGGUUCAGUUAGUAAUUGAUCCAAAUGAAUUUCCACAUCUUGUUAGAUUACCACAUUUAACAAAUUAUCUAAAUCCAUCUUUAGUUACUAACCGCAACAAAUUAAAUAAUCCAUCUUCUUCAGUAGGUCAAACAAUCAUUGGACAUAUUGAACCAGCUAAUAUGCCAAUGUUACCUGGUCAUGUUAAUUCUAAUUUAAACGUUAACAAUCAUAACAAUAACAAUAAUAACAUUGGUUCACAUCAAAGAAUGAAUGGACAAGAGAAUUCAGCUAGCAGUAGCAUGGAAUCUAAUAAACGUUAUCCACCGAAAUUUACUCAAUUUAAGAAUAUUUGGGAUUUAAAAUCGUCACUAGAUCAUCCACAGAAUGAUAAACAUGUUGGAAAUCAAUAUCCUUCAGGUUAUCACCAGCUAUCUGAUUUAAAACGCGGAAAACACCGAGGUAUAAUACAACCAUAUCCAUAUGGACAUGAUGAAAACUAUAUAACCAAUCAUAAUAAUAAUGAUGGGAAUAAUCAAUCGAACAGUUUUGUCAUCAGUGAAGUUGCAGUAAUUUGUUUAAUAAUCGUAUUUAUCAUUUUAUUAAUUGCUAUAAUGGUAUUGAUUUAUUUGACUAGACGGAAAACACUUUUAUUACCAGUGCCAACUUCUAAAUCUUACUUGAAAGACGGUACCUUUAGAUCGAAUCCGAAUGGUUGCAACUUAAAAAGUAAUCAAGACAAUAAUGAAACAAUAUGUGCGCCAAUUGAACUGUCAAGAAAUACUGCAUCAUUCUAUCCUGUGAUGCCAGAUAAUAUGAUCAGUGCAACAGAUAUUACAAUAAAUUCUAAUGAAGUGUCAUGUAUUAAUGAUAGAUCUAUUGGUGCUACAGAGAAAUCGAUAACUUUAUCAACUGAUAUGCUUCAAAAUCCACAUGAUUCUUACCCUCUUAUUCAAGGAAAUUCUGAACCUCGACUUGUAUUUAAUACCACAUUGAAUAGACCAACACCUCAAUCACCUUUGCUUACAUCCGAAUUACAGAAUAAUUUAAAUAAAUCUACAUAUAGUCCACAGUGUGUACAAAAUCCAAUUCAUUCACGUUUCGAUGUCGAAAAUGAAUAUCAAUGUUUAGCUCCAACAGUUGAUAAUAGAAUAUCACAUAUUUCACGUUGUUUAACUCCAUUUUUUGAUCAAAGGUCACAUCAAACUAUUCAGAAUAUUGAAGCUAUUGGGUUAAACCAGGUAGGCAAUAAUUAUCGUAAUUGUUUACCAAUGGGUCGACAGCAAUUAAAUUCUCCAGUGAGUAUGAGUCACCAGUCAAUCAUUUAUACAGAAUCAAUAAUGAAUAAUGAAGGAUGUGAACAAAUGUCAUCUAAAACGCCUACAUUAAUCUAUGCUAUGUCACCUAAUCCGAUUAGAUAUCCAAUGCAUUUUCGAGGUAAUUCGCUACCAGUUUAUCCAGUAAAUCAAUUACAAAACCCUGCAAAUUUAAAAUCAUUUCAGCAUCGCUUCAAACCUCAACGGCAAGAACAUCGAAACCAACAGCAUCCGCUUUCUUCCUACCAAGAUAUUUCAUUACUACAAGCAACACUUAGACGACACAAUCACCAAUCAAUUAUCAUGAAUACUGAUCCAAAUCCUAUGUUAACUUAUCGUCAUCCUGAUACAAAUCGGUUGAUAUGUUCAAGGAAUCAAAUUCAUUAUAAAACAUUUCAUACCCCACAACAUCAAGACGAUCUGCUUAUAUCGCCUAAAAUAAUAUAUACGGAUAAUUUAAAGGUUUGUUUACCAAACAAGUCUAAACACCAUCAUCGUCAUCAUCAUUCGCCUUUACCAUUGAAAGAUGAACAAGAAUGUCAACAAUUAUUAGUAAAAAAUCAAGAUGAUGUUAUCAAGGAUAAUGAUCAUAACGGUGAUGAGAACGUUACAUCAGGUGAUCAUGAACCAUCAAAUAACAGUGACAAUAAUAAUAGUAAUAAUGAUAGUGUUAAUACAACAAUAACCGUAGAUCAUUCAGAAGAAAUACCGAUUUAUGUCAAAUCUUCUAAGAAUAGUCAUCGUAAACCGAACAUCUCUGUUGAUAAUGAAACUGAUUAUAUUGAUAAUCUUGUCUGUAAUGAUAAGCCUGAAAAUGUAACCUUUCAAUCAUUUCAAUAUACCCCAACUACAAAUAGUCCUUUACCAUUGAUCAUUGAUAAUAAUUAUCAUCAUUCAAAAGAGAUAGUCAAGUCAGAUAAUUAUGAUUCUCAUUUAAUAUCAGUUCAGAGAUUAUCAAAAUCGGAUGCAUCCAAAUACACUUAUAAAACAAUUAGAGAAGCUAGUUUUGUUUAAAACAAAGAGACCUAUAUAUGUAUUCAAUGUUCAAUAAGAACACUUUUUUGAGUAUAAACACUUAAAUCAGUUUGUAUAUUAAAAUGUACAUUUGUAACUUCAUAUAUCUAAUCUCAAAUCGACUUUUUAAUCUAAUAAGAAUCGAAGCUCAGUUUAGAGACUUUGUUGUACUACUGAAUAUGUUAUAUUCAGUAAUGAUGAUAUGUCGAUGAUAAUAUUUAGAUAAUUAUUUUUUUGAUUUUGUAAAAUUAUAAUAAACAAUAAAUUCAUUUAGUAUUGUUUGUUUG